CUUUUCUUUCAGCAGUGCCAGUUGUCAAACUGUGAUGUGAACUAUUAAUUGCCAACGAAAUUUAUUAACAAGUCAUAAAGUCCCGCAGUGCUUUUUAUAUAAUAACUUUUAUUUUUGUAACAACAGAGCUUUUGUCAAGUUUUCAUCAAUCGCGAUCUACCCAGAAUUUAGCACUGGAUUCUUAUAAGAACAGAUAUGGUGGUUUAUUAAUUUUGUUUUAAGAGGAAAAGUGUACAUAUUACUGCGAAUAAAGUGUUGAUCCUGUUAUCGAAUUCUCCGGAUGAAAUCCUUGGAGAAAUUCGGCAGUAUGCCGGCGGCACGAGGGGAUGGAAUGCGGGGCUUGGCGGUUUUUAUAUCAGACAUAAGAAACUGUAAAAGCAAAGAAGCAGAAGUUAAGAGAAUUAAUAAGGAACUUGCAAAUAUCCGAAGCAAGUUCAAAGGAGAUAAAACUCUUGAUGGCUAUCAGAAAAAGAAAUAUGUUUGCAAGCUCUUGUUCAUAUUUUUAUUGGGACAUGAUAUUGAUUUUGGGCAUAUGGAGGCAGUCAAUCUAUUGUCAUCUAAUAAAUAUAGUGAAAAGCAAAUCGGUUAUUUGUUCAUAUCAGUGCUUGUAAAUACAAAUAGUGAUCUCAUCCAGUUGAUAAUUCAAAGCAUCAAAAAUGAUCUUGCAUCUCGUAAUCCAAUCCAUGUAAAUUUGGCUUUGCAGUGCAUAGCUAAUAUUGGAAGCAGAGACAUGGCUAUGUCUUUUAGCACUGAGAUUCCAAAAUUGCUCGUCUCAGGGGACACCAUGGAUGUUGUAAAGCAAUCUGCAGCCUUGUGUUUGUUGCGUUUGUUCCGCACAUGCCCUGAGAUCAUUCCAGGAGGUGAAUGGACUUCUAGGAUAAUACAUUUGCUUAAUGAUCCACAUAUGGGAGUAGUAACCGCUGCAACUAGUUUGAUUGAUGCUCUAGUAAAGAAAAAUCCUGAUGAAUAUAAAGGAUGUGUUAGUUUGGCUGUCUCACGACUAUCCAGAAUCGUUACUUCAAGUUAUACUGAUCUUCAAGAUUAUACAUAUUACUUUGUGCCAGCACCAUGGCUUUCAGUAAAGUUGUUGAGAUUGCUUCAAAAUUAUACACCUCCAGCAGAAGACCAAGCUGUCCGUGGUCGACUCUCUGAAUGCCUUGAGACUAUUCUUAAUAAAGCCCAAGAGCCUCCAAAGUCGAAGAAAGUUCAGCAUUCAAAUGCCAAAAAUGCUGUGCUCUUUGAAGCUAUAUCUUUGAUUAUUCAUAACGAUAGUGAGGCUAAUUUGUUGGUUCGUGCUUGCAAUCAACUUGGUCAAUUCUUAUCAAAUCGUGAAACAAAUCUGAGAUACUUGGCUUUAGAGUCGAUGUGUUUGCUGGCAACAUCAGAGUUUUCACAUGAAGCAGUCAAAAAGCAUCAAGAAGUCGUUAUUCUUUCAAUGAAGAUGGAAAAAGAUGUAUCUGUUCGGCAACAAGCAGUUGACCUUUUGUAUGCCAUGUGCGAUAAGACAAAUGCUGAAGAGAUUGUGCAAGAAAUGUUAAACUACUUAGAAACUGCUGAUUAUUCUAUAAGGGAAGAAAUGGUACUGAAAGUUGCAAUCUUAGCUGAAAAAUAUGCCACGGAUUAUACUUGGUAUGUUGAUGUAAUUCUGAAUCUCAUUCGUAUUGCUGGAGAUUAUGUUUCUGAAGAAGUAUGGUACAGAGUAAUUCAAAUUGUUAUAAAUCGUGAUGAAGUCCAAGGUUAUGCUGCCAAAACUGUUUUCGAAGCUUUACAAGCACCAGCCUGUCAUGAAAAUAUGGUUAAAGUGGGUGGUUAUAUUUUAGGAGAAUUUGGAAACUUGAUAGCUGGUGAUCAAAGAUCUUCACCUUUAGUUCAAUUUCAACUCCUACAUUCCAAGUACCACCUUUGUUCUCCAAUGACAAGAGCAUUACUUCUAUCUACAUAUAUUAAGUUUGUAAAUUUAUUUCCUGAAAUUAGAACCCCAAUUCAAGAUGUUUUCAAAACACAUAGCAACUUGCGUUCGGCUGAUGCUGAAUUGCAACAACGAGCUAGUGAAUAUCUUCAACUUAGCAUUAUCGCCACAACUGAUGUAUUGGCAACAGUUCUUGAGGAAAUGCCAGCUUUUCCUGAACGAGAAUCUUCUAUUUUGGCUGUUUUAAAGAAAAAGAAGCCAGGACGGGUUCCAGAAAAUGAGAUUAGAGAGUCUAAAAGCCCUGUACCGAAUCAGGGUGGUGAUAAUCAUGUCUCUGUGAAUAGCAAUGCUUCUGCCGAUUUGCUAGGACUAUCCACGCCUCCAACUUCAGCACCACAAAGUGGAUCAGGGGCUACAGGAAGCUUAGUAGAAAUGCUUGGGGACAUUUAUUCUAAUAAACAAACCAAUGGAAAUAUGAAUAUCAACAACUCUAAAAAGUUCAUAUGCAAAAAUAAUGGAGUAUUAUUUGAAAAUGAUCUGAUACAAAUUGGGGUCAAAAGUGAAUUUCGUCAAAAUCUUGGUAGAUUGGCUUUAUUUUAUGGAAACAAAACACAAGUAGCUUUACAACAAUUUACUCCUGUAGUUCAAUGGACUGCUGGACAAUCAUUAGCUGUUCAAUUAAAACCAGUUGAACCAACUUUGGAAGCUGGUGCUCAAAUUCAACAAAUGCUAACAGCUGAAUGCAUCGAGGAUUAUGCAGAUUCACCCAAUUUAAUGGUUACUUUUAUGUAUAGCGGAGUACAACAAAGAUUUACACUUAGACUGCCAUUAACUGUAAAUAAAUUCUUUGAGCCAACUGAAAUGAAUGGUGAAUCAUUCUUUGCUCGUUGGAAAAAUUUAGGCGGGGAGCAGCAAAGAUCACAAAGAAUUUUUAAAGCAACUCCUCCAAUGGACUUGCAGGCUGCUAGAACUAAGCUUCUUGGAUUUGGAAUGCAAUUAUUGGAUGGUAUCGAUCCAAAUCCUGAUAAUUUUGUAUGUGCUGGCAUCAUUCAUACAAGAACUCAGCAAGUGGGAUGCUUACUCCGUCUUGAGCCAAAUAAACAAGCUCAGAUGUUCAGAUUAACUGUACGCUCAAGCAAGGAAUCUGUAUCAAUGGAGGUUUGUGAAUUGCUGUCUGACCAGUUUUAAUUUCACAUUUAAUAAAAUCUAUUAAAACAAAAUGGAUAUCAUAUAAAAAUAUGAUAAAAAACGUCUCUUUGUAAUAUUU